GUCGAGUGGGCACAUGACGUCAUUGGGAUAAACAAGCUUCGUGAUGAGUUGAGUAUAAAAGUGACACCAAUUCUGAAAUGAUUCAUUCAAAACAACCACAGCGAGUGAACACAGUGUUCAAUUAUAUAAGGAAUUAUGAACAUGUCCACAGCAAAGACUGGAUAUCUCUGGCUAUCCACCGGCCUACCGUACGGUCAAGACAAGCAAAGACUUCAAGUUGUGGCAUAUAUGGGGAUGUCUGAUCCUUUUGUARUGUUUUACAACGAUAGUUCGCCUGUUUGGCAAAAGCCUUGCGCUGUACUGAGACUAUCACAUGAAUUUCGAGUUCAAGAGAACAAUGAUUUAAGUUUUGAAGUCACUCCACUUGGUGAAAGAAUUGGAACGGGGCCUUCUUCUCUCGUUUUCACUGCAGAAAGUACGCAAGAAAAGGAGGAAUGGAUCAGGAUCUUCAGACAAACACUAAAAGAAACAGAGAAAGUUGUAAACAGAAGAGAAAGAAGAAAAACUCCAAGGUGUACUUCUACACUCACAUCUAUCGAAGAAACAGACGAAGGCUGGGAUCAGCGAAAGGGGAAAAGAAGUUUGAUACUGGCGUGACCUCUCGAACAGACUGGAAACAAAGUCCAGCUGCCAUCACGUAGUACUACCUCCAUAUAGGACAUUACGCUAAGAGGAAAUUAGCUAGAAAGCAGGAAUGGUACUCAAUAUUUGCAUAAGAAGUAAACAAUAUUUGCCCUGAAAAAACAUUUGUCAGACUGAAAGCGGCGUGGGUUUAAUUCAAACAGACGCUUUCUCACGUACAGCGUUGUGUGACUAAUCGCUCUGACGCAUAUAUCUACAACGAAACACACUAUGAAAGGAAAACAAGCAAAAACAAACCAUAGAAAAGAAAGGAAAACAAGCAAAAACUAAAAGACUAACAAAACUACCAAUAAUGAUCUUUUCUGCUGUCUGGUCACAGCAGUGACACUUUUGGAAAGCUAUUUUUCAUGUAAAUAUGAAAUGUUUAUAUGCAAAUUCUUUCUCGCUGAGUUCAUAGUGACUUGAUAGAAUGAGUAAUGUUUCAAACAUGUCCUGUUUUCUAAGAACAAAUACUAAAAUUAUUUAUUUGUAAAUAGAUUAUUUUUGUAGAAAAAAUGUAAAUAGCUUCAAAAAUGAGUAUUAAAAGAUACGAUAAUAUCUUCAUA